AUGGACUGCUUGGAGCGUCUGCAACAAGUGCUGUUGCCAAGCAAAUUUAACCUCGAGGAGCUCCGUACACUUGUGUUCAAAGGAAUUCUAGACGAGGGCACUACCGACAGCAAUAAAACUAGCUUACAUGCCUCUUCAAGUUUCCUCCGACCGCAAGCGUGGCGUGUGCUGCUUGGCGUGGUGAAAGGCAGCCCACACGAAUGGCCCGGUCAGCUGCAAUGCCGCCGGACCGACUAUGAGCGGUGGAAGCGCGACUUGGUAGGUGGCACAGCCUCUCGACGCGCCAAUGGCACUGUUCGCUCAGAAUGUGAACAUCGUAGCGACAUCUGCCUCAUGACAGAGAUUGAGAAGGAUGUGUUUCGAACUCGCUCUGAGCUUACACUUUUCGCAGGUGGGGGCAUCGCACAGCAACAAAUGCUGUACAUCCUGUUUGUCUUUGCCAAACUACAUCCAGACAUCGGAUACGUUCAAGGCAUGAACGAGAUUCUAGCGCCAGUCAUAUAUGUCUGUAGUAAUGAUCCUGCCACCGUAUUGGCAUCGGAAGUGGAGGCCGACGCUUAUCACUUUUUCACAUCCAUAAUGGCAUCGCUCAAGGUUCUGUAUAGUCGAUCUUCGGAAAACCCUCUCAGUGGCGCUGACUUACAAAUGACACGCCUAACAAAACUACUUCGACAGCAUGACGCUUCUCUUUGGCAGCACCUGAAUUCAGUAGGAUUGACUUCGGACUUGUACAGCUUCCGGUGGUACAUGACACUGUUAGCUCGAGAGUUCUCCAUGACCGACACGCUUCGCAUCUGGGAUGCACUCCUCGCCGAUCCCAAGCGCUUCAGCUUCUUACACUACGUCAACUGUGCACUCGUCCGUUCCCAACGAACGUUCCUGCUCCUCCACGGAUUCACCAACGGCCUCAAACGGCUUCAAAACCUCCAGUCAUCCAGUGACGAGCUCGAUAUCGACCAAGUUCUUCUCGUUGCCGAGCGAAUGCGCCAAAUUGAUCGGAACAUCGACACCGCACGCCAAAGAUCGCCGCAUAUCGACAUGUAG